AUGACUGAAGCAACCAAAGGCCAUUCAGACUACGCGGUCUACACAGCCCUGCUGCACAAGGUCCUUCUGGUGGCUUCAUUUCUCAACUGCAUCAGCCAUUUGGCUGUCAUACUCAAUGUACUCCAACAAGGAUUGGUGCUCUUCAUUUUUGUGGGGGUCCUGUUUGAUUGCCUCACCAGUCUGCUCUACAUGCUUCAUCACAUGUUGACACUGUCAGGCGAGACUGCUUCCAGUAGUAGUACUAUUGUGCUUCUGGUCUGCAUGUCGUGGCUAGAUCUAGGUUUGCAUCUACGGGCAUUGGUUGCCUUUUGCCUGCCCAAAAAGACGUCUCUCCGACUCAUCCAGUCCGUGGUGCACUCUGCCCACAACAACCUUCAGGGGAUUCCAGGGAAACACUACGAGGAUCACAUCUUUGCAUUUGCAGAUACCGCCAAGCAUUUGACUUUUUUCAUGCAUGCCAUGCUGCUGCACGACCUCAAGAACAAUGUGAUUCUUCUCGUAGUAACGACUCUGGGCUUAUGCUUGGGAUGGCACGUGGGUCCUCACGCUUUGUUGAGAUGGGUCUGUAGGUGCUUUCCACUCUCUUUGUCUUCUUCAAACAAAAACGACCAAGUCACGAUCGAGCCUUCUGCGCAACAACCACCGCCUAGGUUGAUCGUCCAAGCCAAGGAUAAGAAAUUCUCCAGUUUCUUGGCAACCUGUAAUUGCCCUGCCUGUCAGGACAAGAGCUGCUUUGUCAUCCUACCAAAAAUGUGUGAGCUUUGGUUCUGCACCUUUGAAGAACUACUGCACAUCAUUGACCAGGCAAAUCACAGUACGGCUACGAUAAAGAAGGAUUGA